AUGAGCUGCGCUGCCUGGGGUGGGUUUGCUGCGCUGGAGGGGCUGCUGAACCGGACCAGUGUCCCACGGGAGGUCGUUGAUUAUAUUGUUUACGGCACAGUUAUCCAGGAGGUGAAAACCAGUAAUGUUGCCAGAGAGGCUGCCUUGGGAGCGGGUUUCUCUGACAAAACUCCAGCCCAUACAGUCACCAUGGCUUGCAUUUCUUCAAACCAGGCUAUGACCACAGGCGUGGGUAUGAUUGCUGCUGGCCAGUGCGACGUCGUCGUAGCGGGGGGUGUGGAGCUGAUGUCAGACGUUCCCAUUCGUCACAGUAGGAAGAUGAGGAAGACUAUGCUGACCCUUAACCGAGCCAAGACCUUAGGCCAGAAGCUCUCCCUGCUUUCCAAAAUUCGCCCUGACUACUUUGCUCCUGAGCUCCCAGCUGUGGCAGAGUUCUCCACCAGCGAGACCAUGGGCCACUCGGCCGAUCGUUUGGCUGCUGCCUUUGCCGUUUCCCGCCUGGAGCAAGAUGAGUACGCCCUCCGUUCGCACACGCUCGCGAAGAAAGCCCAGGAUGAAGGCUUGCUGCUGGAUGUGGUACCCUUCAAAGUGCCAGGCAAAGACACAGUUACCAAAGACAACGGGAUCCGUCCUUCCUCCAUGGAGCAGAUGGGCAAGCUGAAGCCAGCUUUUGUCAAGCCCUACGGAACCGUCACAGCUGCCAACUCCUCCUUCCUGACUGACGGUGCGUCGGCAGUCCUGCUCAUGUCCGAGGAGAAGGCUCUGGCAAUGGGGUACAAACCAAAGGCCUACCUGAGGGACUUCGUGUAUGUGUCCCAGGAUCCGAAGGACCAGCUGCUACUGGGUCCAACGUACGCUACUCCCAAAGUGCUGGAGAAGGCUGGUCUCACCAUGGCUGAUAUCGACGUGUUUGAAUUCCACGAAGCUUUUGCUGGGCAGAUACUGGCCAACCUGAAAGCUAUGGAUUCGGACUGGUUUGCCCAAAACUACAUGGGCAGAAAGUCAAAGGUCGGAGCCCCUCCUCUGGAGAAGUUCAAUACCUGGGGGGGCUCCCUCUCGCUGGGACACCCUUUCGCCGCCACUGGCUGCCGCCUGGUCAUGACUGCGGCCCACAGGUUGAAGAAGGAGGGAGGGCAGUAUGGCCUGGUGGCUGCCUGCGCCGCAGGGGGGCAGGGACACGCGAUGGUGGUGGAGCUUUACCCUCAGUAGCAGGCCGAGGGCGGCCGAGGGGCUCUCCGUGCAUCCUGGGCCCGGCAGUGCCGUUUCACUGUGUUUAUAGAGACGUACAGACAAUCCUUCUCAGAAAGGAGUUUUGGUGGCCUUUGCAAAUCCCUUUUAUCUAUUCAGCUGGUAAUUUUUAACCAAGAAAUACUCUGCUUUCAGGAGAGUAAAAAAUAGGGCUCUUACUCUAUCCAGAGUCCUUGUAACCCAUCUGAUUUCUACUCUAACUCUUCAGUAAGUGAGAUUUCUCCCCUCAGAGAAAUUAUUCCAAAACUCAAUCCAGAGAAUUAAGUUUGGAGAUAAAGAGGGUGUAAAGUGCUGGAGGUGGGUGGGCUGAGGUGCGAGUUAAAGCUUCCUUGAGGGGCGUAAGAACUCUUCCCAGAAACGGGUUCCCGCCACGUUGGCUGACCUGGUUUGUAAGGGGGGAGUUUGCCUCACGAUGUCCCAACACCGUUGCAAUUAGCAAAUAGCUUCUGACAAACAAGCGUCACCCACGUUAGCCACAAUAAAUCAGGACAAAAAUAACCCCAAAAA